UAGACCGUUAUUUCAGGUACAAGCCAAGCCUAACAACCGCCAUUUUUCUCCAAACCAAAUUUUCCUGCAUGUUUCCAUGUAUAGGCAGCAAAAUUCCACCACCCAAAAUUUAAAACCUUGCUUCGGAAAACCUUGCCCUCUCCUUCUUUUAGACAUUUCACACACCAACACACAGCGAAAGGUCGUGAUCUCGGAACGGUUUCGUGCUCCGCCAAGGUCAUGAUCUUAAGCACUUUUGAGAAGAAGCACUUUUGACUCCAUUGUCGUGCUCUCUCUCUUGUUUCCGAACGAAUUCAGAUAGAGAGAAGGCCGGCAUUUGUUUGUUUUACGGUUGUUUUCGUGUUGGAACAGCGAAAAAACCAAUAUGACGAAGCGAUCUUUUACUCGUUAUGUUGAGCAAGAGCUGGGGAGGGUGCCGCAUUUUGUGCUCUACGCUUUGCUCGAAUGGACGCUGAUCAUUCUGCUCUUCGCUGACGGGUUCCUUGCGUUUGUUGCCAACGAAUUUGCCAAGUUCUUCGAGCUGCAAAUCCCGUGCUGGCUCUGCACCAGAAUCGAUCACAUUCUGGUUCAUAGGGACCAGGGUUUCUAUUACAAUGACUCCAUUUGUGAGGGUCAUAGGAAAGAUGUUUCGCAUCUUGCUUAUUGCCACAACCACAAGAAGCUGUCUGAUAUACGAAAAAUGUGCGAGGCGUGCCUGCUUUCGUUUGCAACCGAGAAAGAAUCUGACUGCGAUACGUACAAGUCCUUAGUUGGGAUCUUGCACAAGGAUCUCGAGUGCUUUGUCGAGGAUGAUCACCACCAAAUUCAGCUGAGUGUGCAGGCGGCAAGGACGUGGGAGGAGACGACGGGGCAGGUUGAGAAGAGCAACAGCAUUGUUCGGGUUUCAUGUUCGUGUUGUGGUGUGCCAUUGAAGAUGAGCUCCUCUUCCAACUCCUAUCCCAAGGGGAAAAAUGGCAGCGCAUUAGCGCAGGCGCCCACGCCUUCUCCACGAGCACCCUUGAGAAGCGAUGAUCGCAGCUUGGACUUGCCCCACAUUCGAUGCACUGAACUCAAACUCAUGUCGGGUCAUGAGUCCGAGCUUCCAGAGGACGAGUAUGGAUCACAACCACCGAAUCGUGACUCUCAGUCAGUCAAGGAAGAUCCGAAAGCAGAAGGUGAAGAUUUGGCUGAUGAUGCAAACAGGACACCUCUUUUCGGUAAAGGAAACAGGUUUUUCGGAAUCCCACUUACAGAUUCAGCUACAAGCAGUCCUAGGGUGGCAAUGAGGAUUUCGAGGAAAUCGCCACUUGAAAAAACCGGCGAGUAUGCCUUGGAAUCUGUCGAGGAAAGCACUCCAAAUGAGGCAGAGUGUGAUUCCAUUUUGCACCGGUUGAAGAGGCAGGUCCGGUUAGAUAGGAAGUCGCUGAUGGCAUUGUACAUGGAGCUAGACGAAGAAAGAAGCGCUUCGGCUGUGGCAGCGAACAAUGCAAUGGCUAUGAUCACCCGGCUUCAAGCAGAGAAAGCUGCUGUUCAGAUGGAGGCCUUGCAGUAUCAGAGAAUGAUGGAGGAACAGGCGGAGUAUGACCAAGAAGCGCUGGAAGCUACGUAUGAUCUGCUUGCCCAGAGAGAGGAGGAGCUCAGGCUUAUAGAAGCUGAAGUAGAGGCGUACAGAGAAAAAUACGGAUUGCUGAAGGAAUUCGCUUACGAAUCUGGUGAUGAAGGCAAGGGGAAAAAUGAAAGUGGAACUUCUCCCGGUGAGCCCAACAGCGAAAACACACAAAAUGAUCAACCAAAGGAGGAGAAUGUAGAGGGAGCCCUUGCUGAAUCUUUGAAGCCUUUGAAGGGGGAGAAAACCUACCUCCUCGGUCGGAUUAAGAAACUCGACAAGAGAAGCAACUUAUCCGCUAAUCAUCUGGAUGAGAUAGGAAACGGAAACAAAGCUGCUCUAACAAGGCAACUGUCAAUGCUGUCUCAUCUCAGUGAAAGGGUGAAGGUCCUUGAAUCAGACACAGGAUUGUUAGAGUAUGCAGCUAAGACACUUGAGAAACAUAGUGAAGGAACAAAACUCUUAACAGAGAUAACUCAAAACUUACAGAAGCUUCGGCAUCUCGUCAUGAUGCCACCGGAGGAAAACAAGGAACGCAACGGGUUACCGUAGAUUUUUCCGGCAUCCCUAAUAGUUCCGAUGGUAGAAAAGGUGAGGCCAAAACCUCACAGCCGAGGAGCAAACCCGGCCGUGGAGGACCAGAAGGGCCGGGCGAACCUCCGCAGACGGAUUGUUUCUUGUCCAUUAGAGAGUUCUUCUGUUACACUAGAGUCGUUGCUUCAUGUAUGGAUCACCAAGCAUAUGAUUUUCCUGUACUUUGUAUUCUCUUUACCCAUGAAGGAGGUUUCCCCUCCCUAAAUCGAUUAUUUUUUGUCUCGGCCAUGUCGGUCUCCCGACAUGUAAAUGGAAAAAACCACUUGGAUUACCACCCAAUUCGACAGAUUACCAAUCGUUCCGUUCACCGGAGACUGAAAGCAGCUCAUAAAGAACAUGUUAUCGCUAAUUCCGUCGUCAUUCGUUUCAACUCUUUUAAUACAAGACACGAGUCUUACUGAAAUCAUCCUAUAAAUCACAUGAAUUAAGCAGCAGAACAACUUUAACCAAAAGAAUGAUAUGUUUUCUUUCCGUCUCUUUCUCAACUAAACAUCAAAACUCAUCUUCUUUGUAAGACAAAUCUACAAAAAGCAACACGACGCGAGAAGAUUGCUAAUAGGCGGUACGCUAUGCGGAUUACAAAAAA